CCAAUUGGUAAAGAGAACUCUCGGCUCGCGCGCUCUGAUUGGCUUGGCAGAAGGAGGAAGCCGCCUCUCCUCCUUACCCGCGAGCUCGGGUAUGGAGUCCUGGAGCUGCUCGGCUUCGGGAGCAGAACACCUGAGGCGACAGGACUCCCAGGAGCCAUGUCGUCAGAAGUCCUGCUGGUGUCCGCUCCAGGGAAAGUCAUUCUGCAUGGAGAGCAUGCCGUGGUCCAUGGCAAGGUUGCACUAGCAGUGGCCUUGAACUUGAGAACAUUCCUCCGGCUUCAGCCCCACAGCAAUGGGAAAGUGGGCCUCAACUUACCAAACAUUGGCGUCAGGAGGGCCUGGGAUGUGGCCGGCCUUCAGCUGCUGGACACCAGCUUUCUGGGGCACAGUGACGGUGCAGCGCUCACCCCGGAGCAUGUGGAGAAGCUGAAGGAGGUGGCAGGCUUCCCCGAGGACUGCAUGGACCCCGAGCGCCUGUCUGUGCUGGCCUUCCUCUAUUUGUACCUGUCUAUCUGCCAGGGUCAGAGAGCCCUGCCCAGCCUGGACAUCACUGUGUGGUCGGAGCUGCCCACUGGGGCCGGCCUGGGCUCCAGUGCUGCCUACUCCGUGUGUUUGGCAGCUGCCCUUCUGACGGCGUGCGAGGAGAUCCCAAACCCGCUGAAGGAUGGGGAGGCUGCCAGCAGGUGGACCGAGGAGAACUUGGAGUUAAUUAAUAAGUGGGCCUUCCAGGGGGAGAGGGUGAUUCACGGGAACCCGUCUGGAGUGGACAACGCCGUCAGCACCUGGGGAGGAGCGCUCCGAUACCAACAAGGGAAGAUUUCAUCUUUAAAGAGGCCACCAGCUCUGAAGAUCCUGCUGAUCAACACCAAAGUGCCUCGCAGCACCAAGGCCCUGGUGGCCAACGUCAGGAGCCAGCUGCUGAAGUUUCCGGAGAUCGUGGCCCCUCUCCUGACCUCCAUAGACGCCAUCUCCCUGGAGUGUGAGCGGGUGCUGGGGGAGAUGGCGGCGGCCCCCACCCCGGAGCACUACCUCGUGCUGGAGGAGCUCAUUGACAUGAACCAGCACCAUCUGAAUGCCCUUGGUGUGGGCCAUGCCUCGCUGGACCAGCUGUGCCGGGUGACCACGGCCCACGGACUGCACAGCAAGCUCACUGGCGCGGGCGGCGGCGGCUGUGGCAUCACGCUCCUCAGGCCAGAUCUGGCACGGCCGGAGGUAGAGGCCGCGAAGCGGGCGCUGAGAGACUGUGGCUUUGACUGCUGGGAAACCAGCAUUGGUGCCGCUGGUGUGUCUGUCCACACGGCUGCCUCCCUGGACGCCUCUGUCCAGCAUGCUCUGGACAGCCUCUGAAAGGAGCCCACGCAGCUACAGCCCUACCACGAAGCCCCUUCCCAGAUUCCUCUAGGUGCUGAAGUUGGCUUCUGUGCUGGCCAGUGGAUGCCCAGCUCCUGAUGCUGACGGGAGGCCCCCAGCCCCUCUGUGACACCCCUCCCGCCAGCUGUGCCCCUCGUUCCACACCAUGAGCCAGGCUGCCCGGAAGCCGUGGUCUGUGUUCUACAACAUUCUCUUGAGCCAGCCCAUCAGUGGGGGGUGUGUGGCCGUCUGAGACAAGAGGGCCUCUUUCCCAGCCUCCUGGAAAUUUCCACGGCCCCAGAGACUCCCUGGCUGAGCUGCUUAGAUGCCACAUGCAGGGGUCUGGUUCACAGAGCAGCGGACCUUCUCCCUUCCUCCGCCUCUGCACUCCUGCCUGUCUGUCCCACCUCCCCCAGGAAGCCUUCCUGGGGUGUUUGGGUGGUGAUCUUUGCCUUCUGCCUUCCAUCUGGCCUGAGGGUCGGCCAAAGGCAGGGUCGAUGUGCAGUACCUUUUGGUCUGUAUCCGAGGGGGUUGCAGACAAGAUGGCAAAGGGGAAAUAAAAAGAUCUUGAUUAAA